AUGGGGAACACCUGCGUGGGGCCGGCCGUCGCGAGGAACGGCUUCUUCCAGUCCGUCUCCGCCACUCUCUGGCGUUCCCGCACGGUGAACGACGACGGCGGCUCCUUCCCCCAACCCCAAGAUGUUAAAACCAUCCCCGGCGGCGGCGGUGCCGCCGCUGCCCCGCUUCCGGUGCAAAACCAGGCGCCGGAGCCGGAGAAGAUGACGGAGAUCGAGCAGGAGGCGGCGCCGCCGCCUCCGCCGCGGCCUUCGAGGAAGUCCCACCACGUGAAGAGGAUCUCCAGCGCGGGGUUGCAGACAGAAUCGGUCCUCCGGAGGAAGACGGAGAACCUUAAGGAGAUCUACAGCCUAGGGAGGAAGCUCGGGCAGGGCCAGUUCGGGACGACGUAUCUCUGCGUGGAGAAGACGACGGGACAGGAGUUCGCCUGCAAAUCCAUCGCCAAGAGGAAGCUGGUGACAGACGAGGACGUGGAGGACGUGCGAAGGGAGAUCCAGAUCAUGCACCACCUCGCCGGAAAUCCUAACGUGAUCUCCAUCGUCGGCGCCUACGAGGACGCCGCCGCCGUUCACGUCGUGAUGGAGCUCUGCGCCGGCGGCGAGCUCUUCGACAGGAUCAUACAGAGGGGGUACUACACGGAGAGGCAGGCGGCGGAGCUGGCGAGGGUGAUCGUUGGCGUGGUGGAGGCGUGCCACUCGCUAGGGGUCAUGCACAGGGACCUGAAGCCGGAGAACUUCCUCUUCGUCAACCAUAAAGAGGAGUCCCCGCUGAAGACGAUUGAUUUUGGACUGUCCAUCUUCUUCCGCCCAGGUACGAGCUCGCUUCAGUUGCAGACAAACCCUUGUCGGAGCUCCAUCUUCUUCCCGAGGAAAAGCACUCCAUUCCUCCUUCUGCAAGUCCUGGCCGGUUCGUUCCCCCACAGAAGAACCCAUUGUUAUCAAAUCCUACCUAAUUGACAAGCAAUCCCAUGGUCGGCUGGAUCCGGGAAAUUGUUCGCAGAAGAUUAGAUCUUUGGACGCAAUCCACACGACCCAGAAGCCAGCUUCUUCUCCUCUUCAUCCUCCCUCUCAUUUCCUCAUCUGUUCUUAAUCUACCUAUUUGAUGGAAAUGAAAAAGGGUUCUUUUCUGGGGGUCUGAUCCAGGACCUUGCUCGCGUAGGUCCAUCCCACAAGAUCGGACCUUUGGACGCAAACCUCAAGACCCAGAAGCCACUUUCUUCUCUUGUUCAUGUGUUCUUGAUCUGCAUCCUUCGUCUACUCCUGCUUUAGGAGAGAUAUUCACGGACGUGGUGGGGAGCCCGUAUUACGUGGCGCCGGAGGUCCUGCAGAAGCGGUACGGCCCGGAGGCGGACGUGUGGAGCGCAGGGGUCAUCAUCUACAUCUUGCUCUCCGGGGUGCCUCCGUUUUGGGCGGGUGAGUGCCUUGGGACGCCGUCCUGCGAUCUCCUUCUGGGUUUUCCUUCUCUCUCAUCACUUGGGCCCAUCGCUCGAGCUCUCUCUCUCUCUUGAUGUGCAGAGACCGAGCAGGGGAUAUUCGAACAGGUUCUGAAGGGCUCUCUCGACUUCGACUCUGAUCCUUGGCCGAGCAUCUCCGACGGUGCCAAGGAUCUAGUGCGCCGGAUGCUGGUGAGAGAUGUGAGCAAGCGGUUGACCGCCUAUGAAGUCUUAUGUGAGAGACUCUCUCUCUCUCUCUCUCUCUCUCUCUCUCUCUCUCUCUCUCUCUCUCUCUCUCUCUCUCUCUCUCUCUUUCUCUCUCUCUCUCUCUCUCUCUCCCUCUCUCUAUCUAUCUAUCUGUGUUUGGUUUGUCUCCCAAUUCAUAAAGCAGUUUUCAAGUCCUAGGCAUGAAAUUCCUUCUCAAUAAGAAAAACCCGCCAAUGAAGUCUUAUGUGAGACUCUCUCUCUCUCUCUCUCUCUCUCUCUCUGUUUGGUUCAUCUCCCAAUUUGCAGAGCAGUUUUCCAAGUCGUAGGCAUGGAAUUCCUUCUUAAUAAGAAGAAUCCAUCCAAGAAUGAUGAAUUUUUCCUUUCUCCUGGUGCAUUCGACGAAACACAGCGUUGGAUUUGUUCCCCGAUCUUUGCAUGAUAUCACAAUGAAAACGCUCCAACUGCUGCUUCAGGGUUUUGAUGAUCAGACUAUGAUAUCUAGGUUUUCACUCUUAACGAGUAAUUUUUUCUGCGAUUCGCUAACCACAGCAACCUUCUCUCGACCAAAAAGACCGAGAGCUUCAUGAAUCUACGGCGGGGGGGGUUGACUUUUGGCAUGCACUAAAAUUCUUCUCCUUGCGUCUGAUCUUGUCAGGCCACCCGUGGGUUCAGGUGGAUGGCGUAGCUCCCGACAAGCCGCUCGACUCCGCCGUAUUAUCGCGGCUGAAACAGUUCUCCGCCAUGAAUAAGCUGAAGAAGAUGGCCCUAAGGGUCAGUGAGGCUCUCUCCUCCACCAUCGUUCACCUCCUGGAAGUAGAACCGACUGGUUAAAGCUGAUCAUCUCCAUUGCGCCGUCUUCAGGUGAUCGCCGAGAACCUGUCGGAGGAAGAAAUCGCAGGCCUGAAGGAGCUCUUCAAGAUGAUAGACACCGAUAACAGCGGCCAGAUCACCUUCGAAGAGCUCAAGGCCGGAUUGGAACGCGUGGGCGCAAACCUGAGAGAGUCUGAAAUCUACGCCCUGAUGCAGGCGGUGAGCGGCCGCCGCCAUCUACCCAAGAGGUGCUGACUUUAAGAGCGAAAGGCCUCGGCCGUUGACUUGAAAAGUGGAUGCAGGCGGAUAUCGACAACAGCGGGACGAUAGAUUACGGGGAGUUCAUCGCGGCGACGCUGCACUUGAACAAGAUCGAGCGGGAGGAUCACCUGUUCGCGGCUUUCUCCUUCUUCGACAAGGACGGCAGCGGCUUCAUCACCCAGGACGAGCUCCAGCAGGCCUGCGAGGAGUUCGGCGUGGAGGACGUCCGCAUGGAGGAGAUGCUCCGCGAGGCCGACCAGGACAACGUAGGAAGAAGACCUUCAUUCAUCCGUUUGAAAUGAUUGAUCGAUUGAUAUCUGUUUUGUACAGAGUUUGGAGAUGUUCAUCGCUUUCUCGCUCUUCCCCGCAGGAUGGGCGCAUAGAUUACAACGAGUUCGUCGCCAUGAUGCAGAGGGGGAACUCCGAGUGCGGCAAGAAGGGGCUCGGCUUGCAGGCCAGCUUCGGAUUAGGGUUUAGGGACGCCCUGAAGCUCGGUUGA